AUGUCUCACAGCAGUCGCACCAAGGUUGUAGUGGACACCGAUAUCGGCACGGACCCCGACGAUGGGCUCGCGCUCGCAUAUCUGGCCAUGCACCCGGCCUGCGACCUGCUCGGCGUCACCAUUGUGACGGGCGACGUCCAGCAGCGCGCCGCCGUCGCCGAGAUCCUGCUGCGCGCGUGCGGUCGCAGCGACGUGCCAAUCCACUGCGGGCGUCGCGAACCGCUGCUCAAGGGUGCCGGCCAGCCCCUCGUACAGCAGUAUGACUGCAUAAAACACAUGACCCACAUCCAGGGCCGGCCAGAGAACGCAGCCGUGGACUUUCUACAGCGCACCAUUCGAAACCACCCUGGUGAAGUCGUCCUCCUGACUAUUGGGCCCCUCAGCAAUGCGGGGCUGCUGUUCGCGCUCGACCCCGAGCUGCCGUCUCUCUGUAAGGAAGUGGUCAGCAUGUGCGGCAAGUACUUCGGCCCCGAGAAGCACCAGAAGGAAUGGAACAUCUUGGUGGACGAGACGGCGGCGGGCAUCGUCCUGAAAACGCAACGCCCGCGUCACCGAUUUGUCGGACUUGAUGUCACGCGACCGUGCACAUUGCAAGCCCACGACGCUGAGAAGCGGCUGUUCCAGGAACUCGGGGAGCUUGGAGGCCUGAUGAAAUCUCUGGGAGACUGGUGGCUCAAAAAGAAGGACCGCUUUACAUUCCACGACCCUUUAGCUGCCGCCAUCAUCUUCCAGCCUGAUCUUUGCGAGUGGGUGACGGGUCGUAUGGAUGUGGACCCGAGCAACGGCGCGACAAGUUUUGAGGCAAACGCCGGGACUGACCUCGUUGCGUGUGACGUGAACCCUGAGGCAUUCUUUACCAACUACUUCGAAGUUGUGAAGAGCACAAGCCCCAAAGAGACCUUUGAUCGCAUGAGGGCUCAAGUGUCCUCUCAAGUGUCCUCAUGA